AUGUCGUCCCUUCACUCCCUCGCCUUGCUUUUGGCGGUGGCCAAUGCCGCCAAAGCAGACUAUGUGUGGCCGACCAAGUACGAUCACUUCGAGGACAUGUUAGUCAUGCACUCGGGCUACCGCCGGUUUGGCUUCGGAGACCUGGUUGUUCCCUGCAGUUUUGGUUCCAACACCGUUGGUAGGCAAACUGCCGCAGAAUGGGUACGGACAGCCUUUCACGAUAUGGCUACUUUUGAUCACACGACUGGACAAGGCGGUCUUGAUGCCUCAAUCAUGUAUGAAACAGAGAGUGGUGAGAAUGCUGGCACAGCAUUCAACAGCACCCUCUCCGACAUCUGGGAGUUUGUCAGCCCACGCACCAGCGUUUCUGAUAUGAUCGCUCUAGGGCUCGUUGCCUCAGUCGCUUCGUGCGGUGGCCCCGAGGUCCCCCUGCGCCUCGGAAGAAUUGAUGCAACCGAAGCAGGUCCUUUAGGCGUCCCUGAGCCACAAGAUAGUCUUGAGACCAUUCAAGCCGACUUUGACCGCAUGGGAUUGACUACCGAGGAGAUGAUUGCACUCGUGGCGUGCGGCCACACUCUUGGUGGUGUCCAUAGCGAGGACUUUCCAGAUAUUACUGGCCCUGAGGAUGUGUCUGCGUCCAACGUACCGAAGUUUGACAACACCCAUGCCGAGUUCGAUACCGCGGUUGUCGACGAAUACCUCAGUAACAAAGGGAUCAACCCGCUUGUCUUUGGAAAAAAUGAGACCACCAACUCUGAUAAGCGCGUAUUCGCUGCGGACGGAAAUGCCACCAUGCACAAGCUGGCCGAUGCCGUCACGUUCAAGUCCACCUGCGCCGAGGUCUUCGAGAAGAUGAUCAACGUGGUCCCGUCGACCGUCACGCUCACCGAGCCAAUCCAGUUAAUCAAAGUCAAACCAUAUCUCGACACAUUCAAACUCAGCAGCGAUGGAAGCAAGUUUGAAGUAGAGUUGCAUGUCCGUCUGCGCUCCACCAAGGGAAAAGGCUAUGAAAGCCCGCCUAGCUCCGUUACAAUCGAUGUGCUGGACCGGAAGGGGAACCGCACAUCGCUGCAGGCUGCGCAUGCGACACUCAAGGGCGGACAGUCGUACGGAUUUUUCAGCGAAACCUUUGACUGGUAUUUACUCGAGACGGAGCUCGACGCAAAGGCUGGUGUUGAGUCUUUCAAAAUCCACAUCAGCACCACUCAGGGCGAGGAGGUUCUCGACAACGGGGGAACGGGCGGUUACCCAUUCAAUGACGGUGUUAUCUCUGGAACACAGUCUUGUCUUGACACUACAGGAACACAGGGAAACGUCACAUUUGAUCUCUACAGCGCAGUGCGCAGUGACCUCGCUCAAGACCUGGAUGGAGCCCCGUGGGUAGGUUUUGCACAUAGAAUGCCGCAACAGGGAGCAGUAACCCCCAAGAUUGUUGUCGAAAAGAUUUCGAUGGCCGAGGUAUCCACCAGCGUGGAUGGAUAUAAAUUCUUCAAAGGAAAGACGACUACACCAUCAAGUGGCUGGAGUACUCGGUAUGAUCUGGGAAUUACUCUGAAGAACGGCAAGGAGGUGACAAGAGAAUUUAUCCGCACCCCAUCUACCAGCUGCUAG